GGCAGGCAGCCCUACACGUAGCCAAAGGACUCAGCAGGCAAUCACAAUCCAAGGCUGCAAUUCUUAACAGAAGCAAAAGGUAGAGCAAGAGCAAAAACCAAAACCAAAGCAAAAUCACAAAACGCAAGAGGCAAAAGGCAAACGCAAAAGACAAACAAAACACACCCACAGCCAUGGACUCGGAUAACGAUAAUGAUUUCUUGGACAACGUGGACUCGGGCAAUGUCUCAUCGGGCGAUGAUGGCGACGACGAUUUCGCCAUGGAGGUGGACUUGCCCAGCUCGACGGAGCGGCAAUUGGAAACGGAUGACUACCAAUAUAAGGUGCUAACCAUAGAUGAGAUAGUGCUGUUCCAGCGCGAGACAAUCGAUGAAGUUAAUCGAGUGGUAAAGCUAUCUGCGCACAUAACACGAAUACUGCUGAAUCACUUUAAGUGGGACAAGGAGAAGCUGUUGGAGAAGUAUUUCGAUAGCAGUGACGAUAAUACGGAGUUCUUCAAGUGCGCGCAUGUCAUCAAUCCGUUUAGCAAGCCACCCGAGGCAGUUCAGCAAAAGCAGACUUCACGUAGCCAGUGUGAGGAGUGCGAGAUUUGUUUCUCUCUGUUGCCGCCAGAUUCCAUGACCGGCUUGGAGUGCGGUCAUCGAUUUUGUCUGAGCUGCUGGCGCGAGUAUCUGACAACAAAAAUCGUUACAGAGGGCCUGGGCCAGACGAUAUCGUGCGCCGCGCACGGCUGUGAUAUAUUGGUGGAUGAUGUGACGGUCACCAAAUUGGUGCCCGAUGCGCGGGUGAGGGUCAAAUACCAGCAGCUAAUCACCAAUAGCUUCGUCGAGUGCAAUCAGCUGCUGCGCUGGUGUCCGUCCGUCGAUUGCACCUAUGCGGUGAAAGUGCCGUACGCAGAGUCACGUCGCGUCCAUUGCAAAUGCGGUCAUGUGUUUUGUUUCGCCUGCGGCGAGAAUUGGCACGAUCCGGUGCAGUGCCGCUGGCUGAAGAAGUGGAUCAAGAAGUGUGACGACGACUCGGAGACGUCCAACUGGAUUGCGGCCAAUACCAAAGAGUGUCCCAGAUGCAGUGUCACCAUCGAGAAGGAUGGCGGCUGCAAUCACAUGGUCUGCAAGAAUCAAAAUUGCAAGCACGACUUUUGCUGGGUGUGCCUCGGCCCCUGGGAGCCGCACGGCUCGUCCUGGUACAAUUGUAAUCGCUACGACGAGGACGAGGCGAAGGCAGCGCGUGAUGCACAGGAGAGGCUGCGCUCAUCACUGGCCAGAUAUUUACAUUAUUACAAUCGCUACAUGAACCACAUGCAAUCGAUGAAGUUUGAGAACAAAUUGUACGCAUCGGUCAAGCAGAAAAUGGAGGAAAUGCAACAGCACAACAUGUCCUGGAUUGAGGUGCAAUUCCUGAAGAAGGCUGUCGACAUACUCUGCCAGUGUCGCCAGACCCUAAUGUACACAUACGUCUUUGCGUAUUAUUUGAAAAAGAACAAUCAAUCGCAGAUAUUUGAGGAUAACCAGAAGGAUUUGGAGUCGGCAACGGAGAUGCUCUCCGAGUACUUGGAACGUGAUAUUACAUCCGAAAAUUUGGCUGAUAUUAAGCAGAAAGUACAGGAUAAAUAUAGAUAUUGUGAGAAGCGGUGCACAGUUCUGCUCAAGCAUGUACAUGAAGGUUAUGAAAAGGACUGGUGGGAUUACACAGAAUGACGCGAGUCCUGGCUGGAUAACUAAGGUGAUGCAUCAAGUCGAGUGUAACUAGCAAUUGGCCCUAGUAGUAGAAGUAGCAACAGCAACAGCAACAGCAGCAGCAACAGCAGCAGCAACAGCAGCAGCAGC